AUGGCAACCGAAUCAGCUCAACCUAAGGAGCAAAUUGUUGAUCCUUGGACAGCUAAAGCUGGGGAAGGUGAAAAGAAGAUCAACUAUGACAAGCUCAUUGUUCAGUUUGGAAGUGAGAGAAUAGAUGAAUCCCUUCUACAAAGGAUUGAGACUCUAUCAAAGAAACCAGCCCACCACUUUCUCCGCCGAGGAAUUUUUUUUUCUCACAGGGAUGUUCCUGAUAUCUUGAAUGCAUAUGAGCAAAAUAAGCCAUUCUUUCUCUACACUGGGCGUGGUCCUUCAUCGGAGUCUAUGCAUCUUGGGCAUCUUAUUCCAUUCCUUUUUACCAAAUAUUUGCAAGAUGUCUUUGAUGUACCACUUGUGAUACAAAUGACUGAUGAUGAGAAAUUUAUGUGGAGAGAUCUUGGCCUAGAGGAAGCUCAUCGCCUUGCUUAUGAGAAUGCUAAAGACAUCAUUGCCUGUGGUUUUGAUGUUAAUAAGACUUUUAUCUUUUCCAACUUGGAUUACAUGAGUUGCUGUCCAUCUUUUUAUCGUAAUGUCCUACGUAUACAAAAGUGUGUAACUUGUAAUCAGGCAAAGGGUAUAUUUGGCUUCCAGGAUACAGAUUCUAUAGGUAAAAUGGCAUUCCCAGCUGUUCAAGCAGCACCAUCCUUUAGUACUACCUUUCCUGACAUAUUUGGAGACAAUAAAGAUGUCAGGUGUCUCAUCCCUUGUGCCAUUGAUCAGGAUCCAUACUUUCGUAUGACGAGAGAUGUAGCACCACGUCUUGGCUAUCACAAACCAGCACUCCUUCAUUCAACUUUCUUUCCAGCACUUCAAGGACCACAAUCCAAGAUGUCUGCUAGCGAUCCAACAUCAUCCAUCUUUCUUACAGAUACUCCAAAGGAAAUUGAGCAAAAAAUCAACAAGUAUGCUUUUUCUGGUGGAUGUGACACAAAAGAAGAACAUGAGAAACAUGGUGGUAACACUGACGCCGAUGUCUCUUAUCAAUACUUGACCUUUUUCAUGGAGGAUGAUGAACGUCUGGCAGAGAUAAAGAAGAAUUAUGAAAGUGGAAAACUGCUUACUGGACAACUCAAGAAAGAGCUUAUUGGUGUGCUUCAAAAGCUUGUUGGGGAUCAUCAGGCAAGACGUGCUGAGGUGACUAUGGAUGUUGUGAAGCAGUUCAUGACUCCUCGUCCUCUAAAUUUUAAGCUGUCUGCUUAAAGAUUGAAUCUGAGUAGAUAGUUAGCCAACUUAUACUAAUUAGUUAUAGUGUUUUUAUAGUAGCAGGAACUAUAUUUAUGAUUUGAUUUGUUUUAGUUAAUUUGAUUCUUAUUUGAAAGAGACUUUUCAUUAGUUUAAA